UAGAUAUUUUUAGGAGCCUCCGUCUGCAGGGCUUAUGAAGCGCCCAACGGUAUCGCUCGGGACAGACCUCCUUGUCCUUGCUAAAGCUUGUUCGGUGGUAUUAUAAUAUCAUAGCCAUACGUAGACUACCUCAUCCAUAGAUCGCUGCAACCAUUCCCUUCAACAACCACAACUGGUAAAGUAAAAGGCAGCUGGAAAGUAGACUAUCCAGCCGUGAUCUUCAUUGCCGUGGCGACGCAUCACUAAAAACACAGCCCAAAUUCAAGGUUGCUCGAGCGCAAUGCCAAAAGUCAAGUGUACCUGGUAGAGAGUUACCGUACCGUAGCGGUUGCAUGGUCAGUUGGUACGUUGGUACCCGUAGGAGCAGAUCGACAAUGGGGAUAAAAGAUCUUCAUCACGAUGGGCGAUUGAUUGGACCAAGUGGUUGUGGCAUCCACUGCCAACAACAAGGCUGUCUCUAUUUUGAUUGGCAUUUGGUUGUUUGGAACAAGACUGUCAUCCUCCAUGUGCAGGUUUUUGGUUUGCCCGCUUGCAUUGGUGGAUUCACCUGAAGGCAUUCUGCAAUGCUUCUUCCUUUGCCAAUCGCCCUUUUCCAGUCAGCUCUUGCUUGGUACUAUCGGGAUGAUCCAAUACCAGAACGCAGGUGCCAGUGAUGGCUUGCUUCCAAAAGGGCGCAUUGGUGUUCGCGUCGACGAUAUUUUACAGCUUUGAUGGAUUCGAUUCGACGCGAUUGAAUUUUCAACCAAAUUCUGUUUUCGCAUUUUCGCUGUUUUGAGGUUUUAAAAUUCCCGAACUUCUUGUCUUUCAAGCCACGAAAACCGUGAAAUUUACCAAAAUGUGGCGUUUUUGCGGCUCUUUUCUUUCUCGGCGAAUUCACACAACAACGCUCCAAGGGCUUUUAUGAAGCCGCACAACCUCAACCCAUCACGAUCGAACGGUAUUUAUCGCUCGGGACAGAUCGUUGUCUUUUCUCGGUGAUUCCUACGAUACCUCAUCGAUGGAUCGCUGCAACCAUACUGGUACGGUGGUACCCUUCCACCACAACUGGUGAACAGGCAGCUGUAAAGUAGCCAGUCAUCUGCAUUGCCGUGGCGACGCAUCUCCAAGAAACAGACCAAGCUCAAGGUUGCUCGAGCGCUCGAGCGCAAUGCCAAAAGCUACCUGGGCGGCAUUGCACAAAGCUCCUCAUUCACAAUUGCCAUCUUCCAGAACAGCCCACACUGUCGUUUUGAGCACGGGCAAACUCGAGGCAAAAUCCUUUGUUAUGUAUCUUUAGGUCGAAGUUUCAAUCAUAGGAGAGAUGGAGUCGACAAUCGUGACUUGCAAUAGGGACACAAGCUAGCUAGUGAGCAGUAAUGGCUUUCCACUGCAUCUCAUUUGAGUUCCGCGCUACCGUAGCUACCAGUAGUACCCUGGAAUCAGGAGGAUCGCUUUCACGCUUGUACAUACAUGUAGAUCUCAUCAAGGCUGGCUGCCAACUUGGAGUGGAUAUGCAACUCUCACAAUUCAGCAACUCAAUCAUCCAAAAGAACCUCCUCCAAUAUCGCGACCAGCCAUGAAGAUCGUCGUUGCAUCUCUCUCCAUCUUUGCCGUGGUCCCUGCAGCCAUCGCCGUCUCCCUCAAAGGAACGGUGACUGUCAAGAAUGUGGCCCCUCAAGGCGGAACGCGCCAAACCCCUGUCUGGGUCGGUCUCCACAAUGGCAACUUUGACAUUUACGACAGUGGCGAAACUGCCUUUGACGGCCUCGAGGUGCUGGCCGAGGACGGUGAUACCACCCAGUUGAGUACCCGCUUCGGCACCACACCUGGAGGAGCGUGGGACGACACUACUAGCGGCGGCCCGUUCCUUCCGGGUCAGGAAGUCAGCGCGUCGUUUGAUAUUUCAGGUGUCACUGGGCCCCUCUACUUUAGCUAUGCUUCCAUGGUCCUUCCUUCCAACGAUGCCUUUAUUGCCAACGGCAGUCCCACGGCCCAUAUGGUGCUCUCCGGCAGCGGAAGCGCCUACAACUUGAAGUUUACAGUGUACGGCUCCGAAGUCCUCGAUGCUGGAACCGAAUUGAACAACGAGGACCCUCUAACCACAGCUGGUAUCCCGAACUUUGUCCCUGGUUCGGGCCCAACCGAAAAUGGAGUUGUCACCGCGCAUCCAGGGUUUCAAAUCGGAGGCAACAUCCUUGGCAUUGUUCCCAACGGAGACUUUAAAAGGACACCUGGCUACAAGAUGGUUGAGAUUACAGUGAUCAUUACGGAGGUGGAUGGUCAGCCCGUCAUGCUCCCCUUCUUUGGAUCUGGUGGCGAUCCUCAUUUCCACCGUUGGGACCGAACCUGGUACGACUUCCAAGGAGCAUGCGACAUGACCUUGAUCACAGCCAAGAACUUCACUGAUGCAAUGGCCUUGACCGUGUACAUCCGAACAAAGAUUCGCUACAAUUACUCGUACAUUGAGAGCGCUGUAGUCCAGCUAGGAACGGAAACGUUGGAAGUCUCGAGCUUUGGCGAGUACAUUCUCAAUGGCAUUAGCAAUGUGGACACGGACCACCUGGAAGUGGCUGGCUUUCCCGUGCACUAUUCCAAUCCGAGCGACAAGGUUCACGUCUUUCAGAUUGAGAUCUCGGACAAGGAGACUGUAACACUCAAGACAUUCGAGGACAUGGUAUCUGUGAACUUUGCAGCAGUGGAACGCGAGCGCUACCAUGGAAGCUAUGGUAUGAUCGGAGGCUUCGACGAGAAUGGUUUGAUGCUUGGUCGUGACGGCAAGACCAUCAUUGAGGAUCCCGUUGCCAUGGCGGCUGAAUGGCAGGUUAAGGAUGAUGAACCCAUGGUCUUUCAAACUGCCCAAGCCCCCCAGUAUCCUGCCAAGUGUGUCCUUCCCGAUUCCACGGUGCAAGAGGGCCGUCAGAGGCGUCUUGGCGAGUCUCUUGCCAUCGAAGCAGCUGAAAAGGCAUGUGCUGGUUGGGACGAGUCUUCUCGCCCUGCCUGUGUCCACGACGUUUUGGCCACCGGUGAUUCGGAUUUGGCAGCCGCUGGAGCCUUUUAGGACUCUACUCGCAAGGAGUUUGCGAUCUCUGUAGGUGGCGCGUGUAUGGCAGUACCAUCAUGAUGAUUGUGGAUCAACAUCCCAUCGAGAAGGCUUGGGCUGAUUCCGAUGGCACAUCAAUGCAACUGCUGUGCUGUACUGUAUGCAUGCUGCUUUUUAAGAAAAAAAUUGUAGUUAUGC